CCUUCAAACGCAAAUGCGCGUCCAAGUGGAAGGAGGCGGCCGCGCGCCCACGCUGCUCAAAAGCGUCGCCCCAGACGCAUCGACUCAUUCAGGUUCAGCAGAUGAAUACAAGACGGCCGACGACUCCGUCCCACGUCAGAAGGCAAGGAGGUGUUCUCUCACACAGUCUCGAUUCUGAUCGGUUCCGCAGGCAAUCGAUCUGUUUAGUAUCAACAGGCUGGAGAAGGGAGAUGUUUCACUGACGCAUUAUUUCUACUGAAAACACGCAUCGCUGUUCACCUUCCACCACCACCACCACCUGUCCUCGCUAUUUGGAAGCGACCUUCGUCUUUUCAGUUCCUGUGGUAGAACUGACCGUUUGCAUGAAACUGUUGCCAGAUACGAUCAGCGUGAGCCACUACACCGCCUCUCUGAAGGAGCGCUGGACGUGCACUGGGAGCCCCCCGGAGCUGGACCCCUCGACCACGCCCGCCCCCGCCGACCCCCCCUCUAGCCCCGCCCCGCCGGCCACGGCCACGCCCCCCGGGCUGCGGCGCGUCAUGUCGCUGGGCUCCUUCCACCUCAUGCAGACGCUGAAGAACUCCCCGGCCGCGCUGCGCCGCCGCUUCGGCCGCGACCGCACGGAGACGCUGUCCCACGGCGACCCGCUCUUCAAGGUGCACUACCUGGGCACGGAGAAGAUCUUCUCCCUGGACCGCGGGCAGGCGCAGGACGCCAUCGGCCGGCUGCUGGAGGCCGGCGCCAGCGGCAGGAAGCUGGCCAAGGAGCACGCGCUGGUGGUGCGGCCGCGCUACGUGGAGGUGAAGGAGCUGAGCACGGGCCGCCAGCUCACCAAGACCUACCUGCAGGACAUCGCCUACUGCGCCGCCGACGCCACGCGGCCCAACGUCUUCCUCUACAUCUGCAAGCAGCCGGGCCAGCAGCUGCACUGCCGCGUGUUCUGGUGCAGCCGCGCCGAGCGCGCCCGCGACAUGACCGCCUGCCUGGCGCACUCCUUCCAGCGGGCGCUGAGCGACUGGCAGCAGGACGGGCCCGCCCCCGUCCAGCUGCCCCCGGGGCCGGGGGGGGAGGGGCCGAAGGGGGACGAGACGCAGGGCAGCCCCGGCGUCCGGAGCAAGAGCAGCACGCUGCCCGCCAGCCUGGGGAAAGUGCACUGGAGGAAGAGGGGCUCGGUGUCCCGCAGCCCGCUGAGAGCCAUCACCCGGCGAGGGUCCGCCUCGGAGACCUGGAACUGAACCCAGAAGACCCCCGCCCAGCCUCUCACAGCACGGACAGAUUAUAGGGGAUGGAGGGGUGGGUGGGGGGGGGGGGUUGGAGGAGGACAAACCAACGGACGGACGGAUGGACAGACAGAGAGACAGACGGACGGACAGACAGGCCGAUGGACACAGGGUGUGAUCUGAGGGCCGGUGUUCCAUGUUGGAGGGGGAGCCCCAACGCUACUGAAGCUAUGAUUUUAUUUUGUGUGUGAACUCUUCUGUCGGGGCCGGGCCCUCGCUGGACCCCGCGCGUUCCCUCCGCGCCACAAAAUGGCCGCACCUGAGGUCACAUGACCCCGGCCAGGAACCACCCGCACACGACCGACUUUGAGCCCCUCAGAAACGGGAACCGCCGGUGAAAGGGCGGCUCGCUGCGAGGGCGUCGGGAGCUGAUGUUUUCCUCCAGACGGACUGUUUGUUUAUCUUCGACGUCGGACGGCUGGACAUCGACUUGCCGACAGUUGAAUGGACGCCUCAGAUCAACAGGGAUACGACAAAAACCACUGGCCUCCGUCAGAACGAUACCACAACGAGACCGCGGGGACGGAGACGGUUUGCUGAACCUUUAUGCUGCCAUGACAACCGGGACAUGCCGGGUUAUAUAUAAAUGUAUAAAUAUCUAUUUUUAUUUAAAUUAUUUUUCAGACAUGACGAUGAUGACAAAGGCGUGUGUGUGUGUGUGUGUGUGUGUGUGUGUGUGUGUGUGUGUGUGUGUGUGUGUGUGUGUGUGUGUGUGUGUGUGUGUGUGUGUGUGUGUGUGUGUGUGUGUGUGUGUGUGUGUGUGUGUGUGCAACAUUCCCCAGUUAAGACAUCGCUCUAGAUAAGUUACCCCAUAACCAAUCGUGACGCACAGAAACACAAAAAUGUUGUCACACCUGUUUCGAGCACUUUGAAUCACUUCAUCGUAAUUCAUUUCCAAAGGCUGCAGCUUUUCAAAAGGCUCAUCCACAAAUAUGCACCAUUAUUCCUUCCUCCAUGUUUGAAUCUCGUUAUCGGAGGAGUUCUGCCUUCCUCUCCCGUUCAUCAGUCAACUCUGCUGUGGUUAACUGGGGCGGACAUAUCGGGUGUUUCUGCUUAGUCACUUUCACACUGAACCCAGUGAAUAUUGAACUCCCGUGUGUGUGUGUGUGUGUGUGUGUGUGUGUGUGUGUGUGUGUGUGUGUGUGUGUGUGUGUGUGUGUGUGUCUUUAUGGAACACUAGGACCUCACUGUUCCCACGGUUACCUCUGAAUACUCCUGCAUUCCCAAGGUGGGGGUGAAUGUUGAUCAGGAAUCUUCUGGAAGAUUCUUGUCAGCAGGCACCUUUUACGGCCUAGAUGGUCUUCAGGACCGCUCCCAUCAUGUGUUUGGGGACUGAAGCUAUUCCCAGUACACUCUAGGCCUCCCCAGUAUCUUCUCCAGUAUAGCCUGUGGUGUCUGAAACCCUUGGUGCUAAGAACAAGGGGUUGGUCAACUAAACUGAGCCAACACUGAUGACCCACGGUCUGAAGAGCCAUUCCAUGUAAGUUCGGAGUUGCCUCCUUCAUUUUGUUAACCUUUUUUUGAAGUCAUAAAAUGUCUUCACAAAGGCUGGCAGAGAAACUCCCGGUAGGAUACUGCAGUUUUUAUUUUAAAUAUAUAUAUUUUUUAAUGCUCCUUACUGACGUUUAUCGCUUUUAUUUUGUAAAUAGUGUGUAUAUCUCACACUUCACAAGCGCCAUCGUUUGAGAUUCUAUUUGAAUGUAAAAAGUACUGUUUUAUACGUCUUAUGUUCAUAUUUAAAUAUGUAUUUUAUUGAAUAAUAAACUUUUUAUACUUAACAUCG